GGAUUUAGAAAGAAACGUUAUUGAACCAACAAAAAAUAUGCUUAUAAGUUUCGAUUCAAAUUUAGAAGACGAGAAGUUCCCAGAAUCACUUAAAGAAGAAAUUACUCACGUGGUCGAUCCAUUCUUUAUUACAGCUAGUGGUGAAAAUUAUCGAUCUACAGCGGUUGUUGUUCGAAAUGGUCAAGUCUUAGAUUCUCAAACAAAUAAAGCUAAUGAUAAUGCACGCAAGAGGCCAGUCGAAAACUACACGACACGUGAAAACCGCUCAAAUGUUAGAAUACAUAAUAAAGACGUUCAGGAUAAAAGCCGCCAAAGUACUGGAAAGAAAAACAAUUCGGAAGGGUUACAUCCUUCCUGGGUAGCAAAACAGAAACUUAAACCAGUGAUAGGUAGUUUUCAGGGCAAGAAGAUAAAGUUCGACGAUGUCGAUAACAGUGACCUUGAAGAAAGAAGGGAUGAAGAAGUCGGGCCGAAAAAUAACUUCGCACUAAAUAAAAGUACCAAGUCCACGGAAAAUGACAAGGACUUACACCCUUCCUGGGCGGCAAAACAAAAAUUUAAACCAGUAAUCACCGAUUUUAAAGGAAAGAAAAUAGUUUUCGGAGAUGAAGUCCACGAAGAAAUCAAGACACAGGAACCUUAUAAAGUUGCUGCACCAGCGAAAAAUGCUAAAAGGUUGAAUACAACAGAUACACUACAUCCUUCAUGGAUAGCGAAACAGAAGCUAAAGCCUGCCAUAGCCACUUUUCAGGGUAAAAAAAUUACGUUCAAUGAUGACGAUUAGUUGUAGCGGUGUGAGGGCUUCCCAGAGUUUGAAAGAAUCCAGCUAGAGGGACAGCCCAUGGCCAGAUAUAAAUCUGGGACGUUCCGUUGCGAUGAUGGACAUAUAUAUACCUGACUCAUAUGGGAACGCAAUCCUCAUUUCUCCUGUUGGUACUAGAUAAAAUACACUUUUCUUAUGUAUACAAAACAUUUUAUUAUUUCGUUACAACUUAUUCAGACAUCGACCUUAGGCACACAGUGUCCACGAGUUUUAUCAUCUCUCAACAACUUAUCAAUGUCCACAUCUGGAUACUUACGCCGCAACAUAUGGACAUCUAUGUUCGGGUUACGUCGUAACAUCAUCAUGACUUCGUUGCGGGAACGACUAAUAUGCAAAUAUUUUUUUUUUUUUAGAAUAUUGAACAUAAUAAAAAGUAAAU